AUGAGGAGUGAUCUGGAAAGGGACUUCACCAAUGAGGAAGUAUUAGUUGCUUUGAAACAAAUGUCCCCCUUUAAAGCUCCUGGACCAGAUGGCUUUAGUGCUGGGUUUUUCUUAGAUCAUUGGGGGAUAGUUGGCAUGGAGGUUACUCAAGCUGUUUUGGAUUUCUUGAAAAAUGGGGAAAUGCCUACAAGUUUAAAUCACACCAUUAUUGCUUUGGUUCCUAAGGUAAAUUCCCCUUCCUCUAUGAAUGAAUUUAGACCUAUUAGCUUAUGCAAUGUAUUGUAUAAGCUAAUAUCCGAAGUUUUGGCUAAUCGAAUGAAGAAGGUGCUGGUUGGGGUAGUUUCUUGGAACCAAAGCGCAUUUAUUCCUGGAAGGCUUAUCACAGACAAUGUUAUGGUGGCAUAUGAACUUUUACACACUAUGCAGGCAAGACAAAAAGGCAAAAUGGGCAGUAUGGCGAUUAAACUUGAUAUAUCCAAAGCUUAUGACAGGGUGGAGUGGGAUUUUUUGGAGUCCAUCAUGAUGAGGGCAAAGCAAGAAGAAUGGUGUUCUGUUGAGCAGAUUUUAUGCUUGUAUGAAUGUGCUUUUGGUCAGACAAUAAACAAACAAAAAACUUCUAUUAUUUUUAGUCCUAACACAAAUUUGGAAGAAAAAGAGCUGAUUGUUGAUUCCACCGAUGGAGUGCUGUGUGGGAACUACAAUAGGUACUUAGGUCUGCCUACUAUGGUAGGAAGAUCUAAGUACAACACCUUUAGACACUUGAAGGAGAAAGUUUGGAGGAGAUUGAGUAGUUGGAAAUCUGAGAUGUUAUCCUCGGUAGGGAAGGAAAUUCUGAUUAAAAGUGUGUUGCAAGCAAUUCCUACAUACACCAUGCGUGUCUUUAAACUCCCAUCUGGUUUGUUAAAAGAGCUUGAGGCUAUGUUUUCUCGUUUCUGGUGGAGCCAUAAGAGAGGGACCAAUAGCAUUCAUUGGAGGAGCUGGGAAACGCUAGGGGAAGUGAAGAGCAAAGGAGGACUUGGCUUCAGGAAUCUGAAUAGUUUUAACAAAGCAUUAAUGGCUAAACAAGUAUGGAGAUUCAUUCAAUACCCAGACUCCUUGGUGUCAUAG